AUGGCUACUCAUCAAAGUGCAAUAGCUGAAAAGUCAAACAAACAUGAUCCAUUUCCAUUUCCAACACGUCGGAAUGAUUUUACAGAUGAUUAUGAUAUAUUACCAGGAGUGUUAGGUCGUGGUGUAAGUGGUAAAGUAUACAAAUGUCAACAUCGUCAAACAGGACAAAAAUGUGCUCUUAAAAUUUUGAAAGAUUCAAACAGAGCUCAACAAGAAGUUAUAUUGCAUAAAAAAGCAUGUGAAAAUUGUCAAUACAUUGUCAAAGUACUAGACGUCUAUGAAAACAUGUUUAGAUCUAAUCGAUGCUUAUUGAUUGUAAUGGAAUGUAUGGAAGGUGGUGAACUAUUCAAUCGUAUUCAACAAAGAAACGACAAACCGUAUACAGAACGUGACGCUGCCAGAUAUAUUUGGAUGAUGGUUCAAGCUGUUUAUCAUUUACACAAAAUGGAUAUAGUUCAUCGUGAUUUAAAAGCAGAAAAUUUACUAUUGACAAAUGAAACCGAUGAUGGUAUUCUCAAACUAAGCGAUUUUGGAUUUGCUAAGGAAGAAUUAUCUUUUAAUUUGUUUUUAUUUCUUAUUAAACAGGCCUGUGAUAUUUGGUCUAUGGGUGUUAUUAUGUACAUUCUUUUAUGUGGUUAUCCACCUUUCUUUCCAAAAGAUGGAGAAUACUCAAGCUAUGCUAUGAGACAUAGAAUCAGGACAGGUGAUUAUCAAUUUCCUGAACUCGACUGGAAAAAUAUCUCACAAGAAGCAAAAUCGACUAUUCAACGAAUGCUCAUAGUUACUCCACAAAAUCGUAUUACAAUCGAUGAAAUUCUGACAUGUUCAUGGCUUAUUGAAUUGACUUCUGAAAGACCAAUUGAUAUGAAUGCACUUCAAGAUGCUGAAACUCGACAACAAUUAGAAGCUGCAUUUGUAUGUGCUUCUAAUGAACAACGUCAAACCGAUGAUGAUUUAGAAAUCGAUAUAUCUGGACCAGAGGCAUCACGUAUUGCUAAACGAGCAGCUAAAAAAAAUCGACAUAUAAGUCUCAUCGAUGAAACUUCUUGCACAAUGAGAAACGAAACCAAACAUGGUGAAGAAGAAGAUUCAGCGACUACAACAACAGAAUCGAAAAGUUAA